AUGCCUUCAUUGCGUCAGUUUUUUACUUCGGCCCUGCUGGCCGCUCCUGCCGCCCACGCGACAUUAGUCAACGAUUUUUCCUGCGAGAGCGACUCCAACCCCAUCGUCUUUUUACACGGUCUGGGCGCCACCUGGUAUGAAGACCUGAACUACAUGCAGGACUGGUUCCAACUCCAGGGCCACUGCACAUUUGCCAAGACCUAUGGUGCCUACGAACUUUUUCCCUUUGUGGGCGGCCUCAAGGCUAUCAGCGAGUCUGCUCCCGAGAUCGCCGACUACAUCAAGGAAGUGGUUGAGAAGACCGGCCACAGCAAGGUGAACUUGGUCGGCCACUCGGAGGGUGCCUUCCAAUCCCUCUACGUGCCCAAGUUCGAGGGCGUCUCGGACAAGAUCGAUAAAAUUGUCGCUAUCGCGCCUCCCACCCACGCCACUACCUUCGCCAAUCUUUACGAUCUCGCAUACGUUGGUGGCAACCUUACUCGCGCGAUCGUUGGCGAUGUACUGGACGUUGUGGGCUGUGCUGCGUGCAAUGACCUCGGCCCCGAUGGCCCUGCUAUCGAGCGCCUGAAUGACGGAAAGCCUAUUGCGCAGCCCGGAAACACUAUUACCAUCAUUGCUUCCAAGUAUGAUGAACUGGUCACCCCGACUACCACUGCGUUCGUUAAUGAGACGGGAGUCAAUAAUAUUUGGGUUCAAGAUACUUGCAAGCUCGAUCCCGUUGGUCACAUUGGCGAGGCCUAUGACUGGAAUGUCUGGAACUUGGUGAAGAACGCCUUGGAGGACACUCCUAACCGCAAAUUCACCUGCUUGCUCGGAUCUCCUGGCAAGUAA